AUGAAUUACACGAUACAGGCGUUAGCGUAUACUGCAGCGGGUGACGGUGUCCCCGCUCAUCCUAUACAUUGUACUACUCACCAAGAUGUGCCUGGUCCUCCAGCGGCAGUUAAAGUAGUAGCGACAUCUGUGUCAUCUUUAGCUGUUAGUUGGUUGCCUCCAAGUCGACCGAAUGGACCAAUACUAUAUUAUACAGUAUUUUAUCGAGAACUGGGAAGAGAAAGGCCACCGCAAACUACAACAGUUCAGCCAGAAGGGGAAGAAUCAUCAGUUGGAUUAGGUGGAUCAACUGAAUUAAGAUCACUGUCGGAAGGGGCUACUUACGAAGCUUGGGUUGCGGCACAUUCAGUGGCAGGCGAAGGUGAGCUAUCUGCCCCUCAACCAGCAAUGACAACAUCUAGAGCAACAGUCAGACUACUGUCUUUCGGUGUAUGGGCGAGAGUGAAAUGCGGCAGUUCAUUAAAACUGGCCUGCGCAUGGCGCGGGGAGCCCGCACCGCGCGCUCGCUGGCUGCGUGGUGACAGACCUGUUACACACGACCCUAGAACACAUCUCACACCACACGGACAUCUAUCAAUACACGAAGUUGAUGCAUCAACUUGUGGCAACUAUACGUGCGCGGCUCGUAACGCGUUCGGUUCGGAGGAAGUGACGUACCGCGUGGACUGUGCGUCGCCGCCGUCCGCGCCCGCACUUGCCUUGGACCACGCCGCGCAUAACGAGGCCAAACUUACUUGGCGCACUACACAUCAUCCUGCUGCGCCACCACAUGGUUUCACAAUAUGGUGGAUGCGUGUCCGGGAUGAGUCGGCCGAUAGUAUGGAUACUGUGAGUUUGCGAAGCGGGGGAGACGAGGAGCGGCGGCUGGAGGCGGGCGGGGAGGCUGCGGGCGCGGUGCUGCGAGCACUCUCUUGCGGGGCCACAUAUUCUGUCCGGGCGGUGGCGCACUCCAGGGCCGGACCCUCGCCUUCCUCCGCGCCACUACUGGUCCGAACGAAACCUCCAGUGUUAGUCUGGGAAGGCGGAGGAGAAGUGAAAGAGGAGAAUGAGCAAGGCGCGGAGGCAGCUGUAUGGAGCAACAGCAGCUCUCUAGCGCUGGACGCGAGACGGGCGGUUCGCUGCGGUGCGCGCCUUGUGCGUUUGCAGUGGCGACGCGCGGACUCUUCCAACACCGCCAUCUGGAGAGACGCUGACUUAACAUCUUUACAUCAUCAUCGUGAGGUGGUGGUGAAUGAACUAGCCACAGCGACGUGGUACGCUCUACGCUUGUGGACGGCCACAGAGUCUGCUCGCCACCAAGCUAUAAUAUACGCAGCGACUACAACGCACUCUGGCGAGAGACUACGUCGGCCAGUGGCGUUUCAAUCGGAAGGUGGGUCUGUACCAGCGGCGGGCGGCGUGGCGGACACGGAGCGCGUGCUGGGCGCUGUGUCGCUGGCGUUUGCAGCGCUCGCAGCGCUGGCGGUCGUCGCUUUGCUGCUAGUGUUGUUAGCUAAGCGAAGUACUCUAUGGCCGUGCGGCGGUCCUGUGGACGAGGAGGCGAGACGCUGCAGCCAUUCUGUGGCGAGCACCGACAAGUCUGUCUGUCCAGAGCAGCAGAACAUCCGAAACUGUCAGCACGACUACAAACAUGACAAGCUGUCACCGGCAUCAGAUGUCUAUGAGAUAAGUCCAUACGCGACUUUCGCGGUGGGAGGAGAGGCGACGGCGGCGACGUUGGACCACACGCUGCAGUUCCGUACGUUCGGACACCGCGACAACGACGCGCCGCCGCACCGCCCGUGCAGGAAGCAUCCGCAGAGACACAGGGAUAGGGAAGAGAAGCAUCAUUCAGAGUGCGAGUUGCAGCAGCUAAGCCGCUAUGAGAAGGUGCGUCCGCGUCACUGCGCCACCUCCUACUGCGUGCCGCUGCCACACCACGCAAACACAAGCGGCAGUGCGGGCGGCGGGGGCAGCGGCGGGGGCUUCUCCGAGGUGUACGCUGGGGACUCCAGCGUGGAAUCCGGCCCUGGCUCGCUGUCGCCGCGAACACAUCACGAGCACAGCUAACGCCAUAAGGACCGAUCGAAUAAGGACACCAUAUCUAGGUAGCCUAGGCACUAGAUUUAAGACUCGAUAAAAUUAUCUUUGAAAUAAAAAAAAAAUAACGAUAGAUUCUACAUCGAUUCUACAUUCGAAUUUUAAAUUCAGACGUUUAAAAAUCAAAUUCAGACGAAUAAUUAUAACGGAUGAUGGCUAUGAUUUGAAAAGGUUUGAAUUUUAGAAAAAAAGGCGUCAGACUUUAUCUACUAGAUACUACCCUGCUUUUACCAAUAAUAUUAAUAUAGACGACAUCUAAUUUACAAACGUAGAUUUUUUGGAUAAUAAAUAUUAUGUCAGAUAUUACAUUUAAACAUCUUUGAAACAGAAAGGUUUUUGAAG